AUGGGACCAUUCCCAUCCUCCUAUGGGAAUAGCUAUAUCUUGCUGGCAGUUGACUAUGUGUCAAAAUGGGUAGAGGCUAUUGCAUCUCCUACCAAUGAUGCGCGCGUGGUUACCAAGUUCUUCAAGAAACGCAUUUUUCUGCGUUUCGGCGCACCGAGGGUAUUGAUUAGUGAUGGAGGCCAACAUUUUUUGGAAAAGAGAUUUGAAGGUGUAUUAAAGAAAUAUGGGGUUUAUCAUAAGAUUGGUCUAGGCUAUCAUCCGCAAACUAGUGGCCAAGCUGAAAUCAGCAACCAAGAGAUCAAGAGCAUUUUGGAGAAGACGGUUGCAAGAACAGUAUUCAAAACCCCUAUUGGAACCACACCAUACAAGUUAGUCUAUAAGAAGUCGUGCCAUUUACUAGUAGAGCUUGAACAUAGAGCAUUUUGGACAAUCAAAGCCCUUAAUUAUGAUCUACUGCGUGCUGGUGAGAAGAGGUUGUUAGAUAUCAACGAACUUGAUGAGAUACGCUUGGAUGCGUAUGACAGUUCAAGGCUAUAUAAGGAAAAGACCAAGCGAUGGCAAGACAAGGGUCUUACCGGAAGGAACUUUGAAGUUGGACAAUUGGUGUUAUUAUUCAACUCCCGUUUGAGGUUAUUUCUAGGGAAACUGAAGUCACAUUGGAUGGGUCCAUUCAAGAUCACGAGGGUAUUCCCCUAUGGUUUCAUUGAGCUGUCAAAUGCGAAAGGGGAAACAUUCAAGGUGAAUGGUCAAUGUGUUAAACACUAUCGCGCAGGUGAGCCUUUUGUAGGGCCAGUGGUAAUGCCGCUUGAGUCCCCAUGUGUUCUCAAUUAA